AUGGCGCAGUGGUCACCCGGACGAAUUGCAGAUCCGAACUUCAAGUUCUUCCAGGAGCCAAGAGCACACCCCAAGCUUGUGGAAGCAUUCCGAGCCUUUGGAUUCGACGGCAGUCAGCCUGACCCAUUCUCACAGAUCAGAUGGGAUGACCCGGGUUCGAGGAGCCAGAUGGCCUGGAGCGAGGCCACGACGACCAAGCUGUACAAUACAAUGCCAAAUGACCUGCCGGAAGACGAUGAUGAGCCCAGCGUGAAGCAGGAGACCACGACUUUCACAACUUUCGAUGGAACAGAGCGUAAAUUGUAUGUCUUUAGACCAGCCGCCCACGAACAAAUUCUACCAUGCGUCCUGUACUUCCAUGGAGGCGGAAUGGUCAUCCUGGACACUGCCAACAAGGUGCAUUUCCGCUGGUGUCUAUCUCUGGCAGCGCAAGGCAUUGUCGUAAUCGCUGUUGAUUUCAGGAAUGCUUAUUCUCGGGGCAAACACAAUCCCUUCCCAACAGGUUUGAAGGACUGCGCUUCAGCUGUUCGACAUAUUGCAUCCAACAAGUCAAGCUUCAAAGUUGGCAAGAUCACCCUGCAUGGCGAAGACGGAGGAGGAAACCUUGCACUUGCGGCGGCUUUGAUGUCCAAGAAGGAAGGCUGGAUCGAUGACAUUGCAGGUGUCUAUGCGUAUUCCCCAUGUAUUAGCAAUGGCUACGGGUGGAGCGACGCACGAAAGCUGAAGGAGCUGCCGAGUCUUUACGAAUGUGAAGGUUAUUGGUUAUACACCACAAUGCUCGCCGGGAUGGCAUUCUACUACAGCGGGGAGGACAUUCGGAAUCCUUUGGCCUGGCCCCAUCACGCCUCCAUUGAGGACUGCGUCGGCUUGCCCCCUCAUGUACUGGCCAUGGACGAGCUGGACCCAUUAAGAGAUGAAGGCAUGGCCUACCAUCGCAAGCUCCUUGCCGCUGGCGUUGAAGCUAAUGCUCACGUAAAUCUUGGAGUAGUACAUGCCACAGCUCUCAUGUUUCGGAAACUAAUACCAGAGGCGCACUUGAAAGUCACUCGAGAUGUUGCAGCAUUUGUAAAGAGUCUCUGA